AAAAGUAAGGGGUAAAAGUGACUUUUUAAUAGAAAUGAGAAGUGUUUUGUGAGACGGAUAAAAAAAGAAAGGGAAAAUGUUUCACGGGACGGAGGGAGUAAUAAAAAAGUCCAUCUCCCACAGUCCCACGUGAAGGAAGCUCUAAUAGAGUAAUAGAGAGUCAAACAAUGAAAAUACUACUCCGUGAGAAACGUGGAAGAUAUGGUUGUGAUGCAGCUAUUCUUGUUGCAAAAAGUUUUCUUGAUGCUCAAUGCUUUCUCACUCCAAGCAUCUGCAGACCUUGCAUUCUACCCCAAGUCAAUUUACACAAUCUUCGGCUGGAAGGGACAUUCAAGCAUCACAGCUGAAUGCCAUGGCAAGUCUAUCCACAAUCCACAACCAAUGAAUUGUUCGCCAAACCUGCUAAUCCACACAAGAUCUUGAGUCAAUUUCACUAUUCAGAUAUACUUUCUAAGCCAACUUAUAGGCAACAUUUAAAGAAAUGGAUGCCCAGAUUCGCUCUUCCACCUUCAUCCUCAUCUUCUAAACAGAAUCAUAGAAGAAAUGAACUCAGCAAGUUUGCUCCUCAGCCGAGCUGGCAAGGGCAUUGGCCUUCAAUGUCUCCAUCUCAGUCAUCAUUUCCUUCAUCACCAGAAGGAUUGUUAGCACCUCAGUCAUCAGCAAUGGUUCCAUCAAGCCAUUUCACUAUUUCCCCUCAGCCCUCAAGCUCGCAGUGUUCCAGGAAAAAGAAGAUGGUGACUCCACCGCCAUUGCCACUGCUGGCACUACCGCCACCACCUCCUAGUAAAGAUUGUGAGUCAAUGACUUGCACUGACCCUCAAACUUACACACCUCCCGGAUCACCAUGUGCUUGUGUUCUGCCUAUUGAGAUUGCAAUCCGCCUCAGUAUUACUUUAUAUGCAUUCUUUCCAUUGGUCUCCGAGCUUUCUAAAGAAAUAGCCACUAGCAUUUCUCUGAAGCAAAGCCAAGUGCGCAUCAUGGGAGCAAAUGCUGUUAAUCAACAACUUGAGAAAACCAUUGCACUUGUCAGCUUGGUACCCACAGAGGAUGAAUUUAAUGCCACAAUUGCAUUUGCAAUCUAUGAUUUGUUAUGGAAGAGGGAGCUUUCAAUAAAGGCAUCGCUAUUUGGCUCCUAUGAGGUGGUUUAUGUUCACUAUCCAGGGUUACCACCAUCUCCACCUUCAAUGCCUUCAUCUAAUGUUCCAAGGGAUGAUAGACCCUUUUCUGGAAACCACAUCGAUGGAAGUACAAUCAAACCUUUAGGAGUAGACAUAUCAAGGACAAGAAAGAAUGGGACUGGGAGAAAUAUGAAUACUGGAGUAGUUCUAUCAUUUGUGGCUGCCUUUUUCAUAUGUGUGGGAGUUAUUUGGCUUCUCUGUCUAAAACUCAGAAGCCGUACUUAUCGGCAUAUGCAAACAUCACAUAAUGUGGGAUCUUCUCAGGUGAAAGCAUCAGGUUCUGUUGGGUCAUUAACAAUUACAAGUAAGACAAUCUCAACAUCAACGUCGUCUUUCAAUUCUUACAUUUUGGCAUAUGCUGGGACAGCCAAGAUUUUCAGUGCAUCUGGUAUUGAAAGAGCAACAGAUAACUUCAAAGUCAUCCUAGGGGAAGGUGGCUUUGGACUUGUACACAGUGGCAUUCUUGAUGAUGGAAGGAAGGUGGCAGUGAAAACUCUAAAGAGAGAUGAUCGGCACAGCAGGCGUGAGUUUUUGGCUGAAGUGGAGAUGCUAAGUCGUCUGCACCACAGAAACUUGGUGAAACUGAUAGGCAUCUGCACAGAAGACAAUUAUCGUUGCCUGGUCUACGAACUUGUCCCUAAUGGGAGUCUACAAUCUCAUUUGCAUGGGGUUAAUAAGAAGGCUUCUCCACUUGAUUGGCAUGCUAGGAUGAAGAUUGCGUUAGGUGCGGCUCAAGGGUUGGCCUAUUUGCACGAGGAUUCAAAUCCCUGCGUCAUACACAGGGACUUCAAGUCGAGCAAUAUACUACUAGAGCAUGACUUCACCCCAAAAGUGUCGGAUUUUGGAUUAGCUAGAACUACGCCCGAUGACGGAAACAAACAUACAUCAACUCAUGUUAUGGGUACUUUUGGGUAUGUAGCUCCUGAAUAUGCCAUGACCGGGCACCUCCUAGUGAAAAGUGAUGUGUAUAGCUAUGGUGUAGUCCUCCUUGAGCUUUUGAGUGGACGUCAGCCGGUGGACUUAUCACAACCACCUGGUCAAGAGAAUCUCGUCGCGUGGGCCCGCCCUCUCCUUACAACCAUGGAAGGCUUGCAAAUACUUGUUGACCCAACCAUUAAGUCAUCAGACAUUCCAUUUGAUGGGGUAAUCAAAUUUGCAGCAAUUGCAGCCAUGUGUGUCCAACCAGAAGCGUCUCAUCGUCCCUUUAUGGGCGAAGUUGUUCAAGCAUUGAAAUUCAUUUGCAACGAGUUCGAUGAGACUAGGAAGCCCGUGCUUGGAAGCUGCAGCCAGAGUUACUUCUAUGUUGAUAUAGGGAGUCAACAAACUAAUUUGGAAGCUCCAAAGACCAAUGAAGCAAUCUCUGUGUACUAUUCUGCUUUGGAUUCUAGGCUGCCAUUGUCGGUAGGAGAUUUGGAGAGUUCUUUGGCUAGACUUGAAGAAGUACCAGAAUGUGAGCAGUGCAGAAGAGAAUUCUACUCUGCUCCUUUAGGAACUGGUGCAAAAAGAAGGUUCUGGCAAUGGCCGAAAAUUCUGUCCAAGGGCAGCAUGACUGCGUGAAUGAGCAUGGCUGCAUGGGUUUUCGUCAAUGUUGGGAUUUGGAGGUUGUUAAAGCCAUGUUUUCCCUUUUUUGAACUAGAUUUCUCUUUGGAUUGUAAAAAUGAUGAUAUCCAUUUGAACUGUUGUAAAUCCAAGCAAAAUGGGUUCAAGGGGCUUGAGGUACAAGGGAUAUGAGGGGAAAUACUACUCCUUGUAUUGAUAGUUCUCCUUCGAGCCAUUCUUCAUAGGACUCUUUAGGACUACUAUUUUGUUCAGGUGGGAAAUAAUUUUUGGAUUGUUUG